UUUAAAGGUCGGCCGGGUCGUGUGGAUUUGCCGAAUAAAAAACUAAAAAUAUUAAGUAAUUCCAUUAAUAUUUAAUACUUAUAGUGUAACGAUGUUCUCACGUGUUUUGAAGCCUGUUGCCUCUGUGGCGGUUCAGAAUGGCGCCAAGACCUUUUCUACUUCAGGCCAGAAUAACUACAAAGUAGUUGUUGCUGGAGCAGCCGGUGGUAUUGGCCAGCCUUUAGCAUUAUUGUUAAAGCAGAACCCCUUGGUUACUCGUCUAGCAUGUUACGAUAUCGCGCCCGUGACUCCUGGAGUAGCGGCAGAUCUCUCACACAUGGACACUCCUGCCAAGGUCACAGGUCACAAGGGACCUGAGGAAUUGGCAUCUGCCAUUGAAAAUGCUGAUGUUGUUGUAAUCCCAGCGGGAGUUCCCCGUAAACCAGGCAUGACCCGGGACGACCUUUUUAACACCAAUGCUUCCAUUGUUAGAGACCUCGCUCAGUGUGUUGCAGCCAAGGCACCUAAGGCCAUGCUGGCUAUCAUCACAAAUCCUGUCAACUCAAUGGUGCCAAUUGCUUCUGAGGUUUUAAAGAAGGCAGGUGUUUACGACCCGAAACGCGUGUUCGGAGUAACUACAUUGGAUGUGGUCCGUGCGGCCGCUUUCAUCGGUGAAAUCAAUGGUGUGGACCCUCGGUCAGUCACUAUCCCCGUUAUUGGAGGUCACUCAGGUGUCACUAUUAUUCCCCUGCUCAGCCAGAGCCAACCCGCUGUCAAGCUCUCUGACCAGGGCAAGAUUGAGGAGCUCACCAAGAGGAUACAGGAGGCUGGUACUGAAGUGGUGAAGGCCAAGGCUGGCGGUGGUUCAGCAACUCUUUCGAUGGCAUACGCUGGUGCCAGACUGACCAACGCCCUACUAAGAGGAUUGAACGGUGAAUCAAACGUUGUAGAAUGCGCGUACGUUAAAUCUGACUUAACAGAAGCGGCAUACUUCGCUAACCCCGUACUUUUGGGCAAAAAUGGACUUGAAAAGAACCUUGGAUACGGAAAACUUAACGCGUACGAGCAGCAACUCCUUAAAGAAGCGAUGCCAGAACUACUUAAGAACAUUAAGACCGGAGAAGACUUCGCUAAGAAGUAAAUUAGCUGACCAAAAGACCAGACCUCUCAAUCUCCAGCAGAUUAAAUAAUAUAGACAAGUGUCAAAUGUCAAGGUACUUUGACAGUUCUUGACAAUAGAUUGUAGCCUAAAUAAAUUUUAAUUUAAGAGCAAUUUUAAGAUCAAAAACAGUAUGUGCUGAAUUGUAAAUAUUGAAAAUCAUAAAAGAAGUCUAGUAUAAAAUUGUACUUGAUAUUUCUGCAAAUUUUAUCUUGGGUUUUGGUCUGGUGUGUGUGAAUGUGAAUGCUCUGUAUAAAAUCAAUCUAAAUUGUUUUAUAUCCGCAUUUCUAGUAUUCUGGUUAUGUUUAUUUAUUUGAUAUAUCAGUUACAUAGUGACUGCACAUCUGUAUAUAGGCUGUUGGGUUCUGUGUUAUAUUCUGAAUAAAUGUUUUUAGUAAUA